AUGCUACAAGAAAUUCAACUUGUCCAGGGCCAAGCUAAUUAUGUCGUGGUCUCGUCUGGAUAUCCAUCUGCGACAAUGACGAAAACACCUGUAGAGAAACGGAUCGUACCUAUAGCUCCAGCGCCGGAAAAAAAUUAUGUAACUCACGAUACACCGCCGCAUCUGCAGUAUAGGAAAAAAGUGCACUUUAAGACAAAUCCUUAUACAGGACCACAAGCCGCUUCGAUUGCCAGACGGAAUGCUCGUGAACGUAACCGUGUGAAACAAGUUAAUGACGGCUUCAAUGCACUUCGACGUCACUUACCUGCGUCUGUUGUUGCCGCUCUGUCAGGUGGCGCUAGACGCGGAUCAGGAAAGAAACUAAGCAAAGUAGAUACAUUAAGAAUGGUAGUUGAAUACAUAAGAUACCUUCAGCAGCUAUUAGAAGAAAGUGAUGCCGCCUUAGGCAUAACACGUGAUCAGGAAAAUAGGGAAAAUAUUCCGAGUAGUAACAGCCAGUCGAUUAGCACAAUGGACAUGGACGACGGAUUUUUCUACGGAAAUGAUUCACCGUGUUCAGAGAAAGCCGAUUCUCCAGCGCCCUCAGAGUGCUCUUCAGGAGUUUCAUCAGCGUAUUCCCCAGUAGAUCGAUACGAAGUAUCGACGCAGCAGCAACUUGGGCCCAUGGAUGAAGACGAACUUCUGGACGUUAUUUCCUGGUGGCAACAGAAAUAA